AUGGCACUCCUCGCACUCCCUUCUUUGAGGGGUGUUCCCCCUCCCCCCUUGCCCCCUCUGUCGCUUCUGCUGCUGCUGUUGACUUCCUUGGUGCUGCUUCUGCUCCUAGUGGGAGGCGCCACAGCGGCAAGGGCAAGGGAGGCAAGAGUGGUGGGGGUGGCGGCAGUGGAGGCGGUGGUGGUGGCGGUGGUGGUGGUGGUGGUGGUGGUGGCGGUGGUGGUGGUGGAAGUGGUGGUGGGAGUUGAGGCGUCGGUGGCGGCGGUGGUGGUAGCGGUGGGAGUGGUGGCGGCGGUGGUGGCAGCAGUGGGAGUGGUGGCGGCGGCAGUGGUGGCGGUCGGGGUGGAGCGGUCCAGAGGGGAGGUUCUGGUGGUGGCCAGAGGCAGCAGCAGCAGCGUCCCCAUGAGACCCUCAGCUUCGUGA